AAUUAGAGUUACCUCCCUUGCUUUGUUUGACAUUGCGUGUCACGAACACACGUGAAACCCCAGUGAGAUAACGAAUUUAACCUCGAUCAAAUUGAUGCUCCGACACGCCAUGGCGCGGGUGUUGGUGGCAGGCACAGGCAUCACAGGUGCGGCAACCGCGGCUGCAUUGCGUCAGGAACUACCGCAGAACGCGACGAUCACGUUAUGGGACAAGUCUCGUGGGGAGGUCGAGAAUGUCAACAUCCGAAAACCGGGAGAUGACACCUGCACAGUUGAUUUGGGAGCUCAGUACUUCACCUUAACACCAGAAUCCAAAACCAAGAGACAAAGUGUAUUUGAUGAGCUGGAGUCUGCUGGAGUAUUCCAACCCUUCCAGAGUGUUAGAGGGAGACAAGUCAGUGGAGCUGCGGCAUUAUGUUACACCAGCAGGAAGUGGAUCUCUCGUCAAACACUACCUCACUUCAUGAACACCAUAUAUCUCAAGUGGACUUCAGAGUCAGGAGAUGGCCAAGCGGUCCAGGUUACAACUCAGACAGGGAGCAGUCGGUUUGAUGCUGUUAUACUUACAAUGCGGUUACCACAGAUUCUCCAGCUCAAGGGGCUAUACAACAGAGUAUACCAGUCAGCCCAGUGUAAGAGAGUCUCUAGAGAAGGUGUGGAAGGUGCUCCUCCGCGGUUCUGUCUGGGCCUCUUCUACCCUCCAGGAACACAGCUGCCAUACCAAUGGGAUGAAAGUACUACUUUGGCGGUCCCUGUAUCGAUUUGUGGCCAUAGAUAUGCCCGAGGCGAGGACUGCAAGUCCCACUUAGCGUGCCCUUCAGUCUGCAGCACUUGGAGGGCGGACAAGGGGCUGAUGAAGCCCAUCAUCAUGCAGCACCUGCGAGACAUCCUACCUGAUCUACCUAGACAAGUCAUUAAGAGUCAUAAAUGGAGGUAUUCACAGGUGUGGUUCUAUGUUACAGGUGUGGUGCUGUUACAGGAAUGGUUCUAUGUUACAAGUGUGGCUGGCUGUUACAGGUGUUUCCAACAGUAUGAAGGUUCUCCAGGCUGUGUGUUACUUGAGGGAAACCCUUUAGUAAUACUGGCUGGAGAUGGGCAUUUGCUCAGAGAGAAACUGCUCGGGGCACUAGACUCUGCUGAGGCCACUGUGCAGGCUGUGACAAGGAGCAUCAACGGUAACUUAUAACACAGAUUGAUGCUGGAGCACCUGUGUACAACCCUGAUGAAGUGUGAGUUACUAUUGGUGGGCUGUAUGUGUACAGAUAAAGACCAGAGCCCGUUUCCGCGCCCAGCUCCCCAUAGCGCUUCACGACUGUGCGUAAGUCCUAUGUUCCAGUAUGGGAGGUACUACAGUACAAUUAGCACUUCACGAUAGCAUUGGCUUGGGGUCCAGGCGGUGUACAGCAAGUGGGAUCAAUAACAUGGCAGCAGACAACUGUUUGCUGUUGGUCUACAAGCUUCAACUCCACUCACUUGUUUCUGAGAUAUCUGAAGACUGACGAAGCCCAUCCUCUCUGUAUUCCAGGCUGGAAUCUUUGGUAACCUUCACUAACUCCUGACUCGAUUUCCAGAGUUAUCACAAUCUCAAGUUACUCUUGACUUUCAACAACAAAUUAACAAACAAUGAAACAUCAAGAUCUGCGAAUGUGUAAGGGAGGUAACUCAUAUUGCAUAGAAACCAAACCCAUGGCAUGAAAAU